GAGGCACUGAGGGGAGAAAAUGAGGGGGUGUUGAGGAGGAGGAGGGAGUCAGAGGGAAUCAGCUUAAGACGGUGAGAGCAGAGGACUGUAGAGACGACACGGUGAAAACAGACAGAGCAGGAACAAGUAAAAAAGGGAGAAGACUUGAAAUAUCCAUCACUAUCAAACAGAGAUGACGUCACUCUACAGAAACCUGGCUGUGCUUUUCCUUUUCACCUCGCCUCUCCUCCAUUCCCGCCACUACACUCACGCUGCCUCCACAUCCUCUCCAGUUACCCGUCCACGGAUCAUAUUCAUGACUGACACAGGCUCAGAUGAUGACUUUGAUGAUGAAGAUGAUGACUACCUUGACAACCACAGCUCUCCUCCUGAAGUGCUGUACCCACGGAAGACGACCUUUCUCCAGCAGGCACCGGAGCUCUGCCAAUACAACCCCUGUUUGGAGAAUCAGGAGCCCUGCGCCCAACAUUCAGAAAAGACUGGGUGUCUCUGUCCUGGGAUCAGUGGGGCUGAUGAGCCUCCUCACGCACCACGCAUCCAAAUGCUGCUGCCAGUCAGUGAAGGGGAGGACACAGGGAAGAUAGAAGUCCAGUGGUGCGCUCCAUCUUCUGUGGUGUCCGGGUACAGAGUUGUGAUCGAGGGAAGUGAGGGGCAUGACCGGGAGUUUAGGGACGUUUCCCGACGAGGUGUGGUCGGAUUUUUGGAAGUUGGGACUAAGGUCUGUGUGGAGGCGGUGAACAAUGCAGGACACAGCACCCCCUCAGAGUUCUCCUGUAAGCGGUAUGACCCUCCUAAAGCUUCUAACCAUAAUCUGCUGGCCUGGAUCAUAGGAGGAGGAGUCACCCUCCUUCUACUUAUUAUCAUAGCAGCUGUUCUCCUCUGGAAGUAUCAAAUGCAUCAAAAGGCAAAGAAAGAUUCCACUGAUGGACUAGGCAACCCUUCUUACAGCAGAGAGGGAACUCUGUGAUCCAGACAGGUUCAGCCCAGACAAUCUAUCUCGGUCUUGAGACAGGGGACACAGCAGUGGUGUAGUCAUGAUCAAAAGCAAAACAGUUCUGGGGUGUUGUUAGGAGUGAUUAUAGAAUUAAGAAGUUCUUUACAGUCCUGUUUCAAGGAAUAUGUAAACAUACUGGGAGAAAUUGGUGUUCAUGGAAUAACACCAACAAAUGGGUAAUGCUAUUAUUUUGUGGUUAGAACUACAGGUUUAUUUGCUGGCAAAUUAACCAUUGUAGGUUUAUUGUAGUGUUUUUUUUUAUCAUGGCUGAAUUUAAUUGUAAAUAUUAAUAUUUUUUAGGAUAUACUGACUGAAACAUUUGUAAUAAACUAAAACCUAUUUUAAUAAAGCUGUGUGAAGUGUC